CUCCAAAUAUUGGAUAGAAGAAAGAGGGCUUUGACUUAGACAUUUUUUGGAUGCUUUUUGAAUUAAAAUCAAUUCUUAUAUUUUCGAUAUUUUUAAAUAAAUUCGCAGGUUUUAUUAUAUCAGAAUGUCCUCUAGUAAAAGGAAGACACGCAACGACAAAAUAAGAGAGUUCAUUGGCGUACCCGAUCGAAAAAGAAGAAAUGUAAACCCAGAACCAGAAGACAAAGAAGAUGAGCAACAAGGAUCACAGAGAAGUACGGGCCCAGCACACAGCGAUCCAGAUUUGGAGACGGAAAUGGGUCCGACUUAUUUGGAUGGUGAAAUGCCAAGCUAUAACUUUAUUAGUAAAUUGGCAAGAGAAUGCCUAUUAAAUGGUUAUAAACUGGGUACUUGGCGCUUCGAUUGUAACUCUGAACUUAGCGAGGACUUAAGGAUAUAUAGUUUUGGUGCUGGAAGUUCGAACACAGUUAUGGGCGGUUUUGAAUUCAAUGAAAAAUUCGGUAUGUUUCAAUUUUCUCAGGCGUUUAGAACCGAUGGCCUCUAUGGAACACUUGGAGUUCGUAGUGAAAUUUUCGAGGGGCUGGGGCUGUCAAAACUCCGGGCCAUCUACAAGAAGGACGAGCAAGGAGAUUCGUCUGGGCUCACGCUAGAUGUACAAGCCGCUCUAGAGUUUGACCCAUUCAAGAUUGAAGCGAUGGCACCAAUUAUAAACGGCUCUUUGUUAUCGAGCUAUAUCCUGUAUGAACCAACAGAAACCUGGCUAUUUUCCUUUGGUGUUGUUGCCGAUAUUCAUCAGAUGAAGUUGCCUAAGUAUGAGUUUGGUGUGGGUUAUAGAUCUGAAGAAGAUGAUACUGAAUUAGGUCUAAUGUUCGCGAACUUGAAGAAUGUAAAAGCAUCCAUAUUCCAGCGUGUAACCAAUAACACUGCCCUUGCUUUGAUGGCAAAUAUGAAUGAUUGGCAAGAUUUGCAAAUAAGCGUUGGCGGCCAGUACGAGUUAGAUGAGGAACACUUGAUUAAAGCCAGAAUAUGUAAUACUGGCUAUGCCGGUGUUGUCUAUCAAUUCGAGAUUAACGAAAAUUGUACGUUUUCGUGUCACGUUGGACUUAACGUGAUGCAACCCACGGACGGUAGCCAUGCAUUUGGUGUGGCAUGUAGUUUGAGUGGUUGAUCGUUAACCA